AUGGUGGCGACGAAUCUGAAAGCGGAGACGAUGAAACUGAUGGAGAAGCGGAGUGGAAUAGAGGAGGAGAUGAAUGUCAUCAUCGAACGCCUCUGCCAGCCCGGCGGCCCUGGCCUCUCCGGCAACCUCGUCGAUUUCGAGGGGUUUCCAAGGACAGAUAUUGACAUUCCGACUGUUAGAGCUGACAGGCAUAGGCUUGCUGAGUUGCGUAAUGAUCACAAGGAUAUAACGGAGAAGAUGAGUCAAAACAUUCAGCUUCUUCAUUCUGCAAAACAUACUACAACCACUGCAUCUGUUAAAGAUUCAGGGUCAGAUGCUGGCAUGUCUUCGUCCCUUGGCAAUUAUGUUGCCAUAGAUGCUUCUAGUGCCAUGGAUGCAGAUUUCAAUAUCAGCAGACCCUUUGCAGUUGUCGAUGAAAUUACUGAGCUAUCUCCAGCUGCAGAAGAUGGUUUACAACUGGGGGAUCAGAUUUUGAAGUUUGGGGAUGUGGAGAGAGGUGAGAACUUGCUGCAGCGGCUUGCUGCUGAAGCUCAACAAAAACAAGGUGAAGCAGUUCCCUUGGUUGUGACGAGGCAAGGUUCUCUAGUUAAUCUGACUGUAACUCCUAGAACAUGGUCGGGUCGAGGUUUACUGGGGUAUGUUCUGUUCUACCUUUGCUCUUUAACAUUGUCAAAUGUUUUCUCUUUGGCUUACCUUUCAUUGCUGCAAGUAUGGCAUACAUCCUAACAGAUCAUUGAAAAACUGUCGUUACUAAUAUAUUAAGUAGGAUAUUUGUAGAGUUUUUGUCAUCUGUGAGUAAUCCUUAAUCAAUAUAGUAUAACAUCAAAGCACAAAAUAUUUUUAUGGAUCCUGGUGAGAUUCGCGAGAAAUGAUGAACAGGUUUAAAAGAGCAUCAAUUCAAGCAUUUGUAAGGAAUAUUUCUCAACUCUUUAGUAAAUUUUACAUGAUAUUUGUUUUCUUGAUGUGUUGGCAUAAGUAGAAUCACCAUCUCUAUUUCCACAUGUUAAUCCCGUUGCUUCCUUGAAUUGUGAGUAAUAUUACUGUCUUAUCUGGGUACAGUCCUUAUGAGCAAUCUCUUAUGUAGGAUCCUUAUAUUGUUUCUUUCAUAUUCAUCUUCCUCAGUCUUCCGCUGCACUCUAGCUAGGGUUCUAAUUUGUGGAUUCGUGCAGGUGCCAUUUCCGAAUCUUAUGAUGACGUGUUUUCUGUACCACCCCGUGAUAGUCAGUCCCGAUGUGCCUGAAUGGAAAAAGAAUGUGAGGUUAGGAUGUGCAUUUCAUAUAAUUCUGUAACUGAUACUUACAAACCAUUAUGGAUCAUCCUGCUUAUGUUAUGCGGCCGGGAAGCAUGUGGUCAUAUUGCUUCGUUUUUUUUUUUUUUGGUUUUGUUCCAUUCUGAAGAUCGGUUCCAUAUCGUCACAGCUCGAGGCUCGAGGGCUAUGGUUGAGUGAUCACUAAGCUAUUUUGUUCUGAUUAGGCAGCUUAGAUGGAGCUACUUGGAAGGCAUAUAUUAGUAGAAGUUGAAAGUAGUGAUAAUCAAACAAAAACUCACUUCUAAUUAUUUUUCCUUACAUUAUAUAAAAUGGGUUCUUUCGAAA